GUGUGUGUGUGUAUAGUGUACUGGGUUAUAUGUCUCGGUGACCGUCAAAGGGUCCGCUGCCUUCCGCUGCGUGAUGUCACUCCCGGGGCUGAGAGCGAGGCGCGGUUAUUUACCCGACCCGGGCAGUUAACGGGGCUCAGUCGUAAGGGACGCCGAGCUAGUGGGUCUUUGUCAAAGGAAAUGUAACCUGCUAGUAUCGCUACAAAACAGAACAAGAUCUAAACAACAAACGGGAUGUGCAACAGAUGGCCAUUAUUCAACCGCUAUUGAAGGGAAAGGACGUUGUUAUCCGUGAGUCAUGGAUAGAAAGUGGACCUAGUCGAGUUGCGCAUAAUCAAAAACUGGAAAAAAGAGGAAUAAAUCCGUAUCAUGGUGAUAAUAAUUCUAACAUUAUCACCAUGUAAUCAGUGAAGUGUUGACAUUGCCCUUUUUAGUUAAACGACUUUGACAGCACUCAAACGAACUAUAAAGCAUCUAUCCUAUCAAACACCACGAAAGAAAAAUGAAGGAAUAUGUUAUUUUUUUAUUCUACAAUUGAAUGAACUAUUUUGAUGUUUGUGGCUGAAGUCUUCUCGGACCCAUCCCUUAUCUAUUGACGAUGACAGCUCAGUGCGGGUCUCGUUUCGCCACUUUUGGACAGAUGGAAGCUGAGGAACGCAGAUUGUUGGAUUACUUUUUACGUCUUUAAACUGAAGUCGCCGCUAAUGCGUUAUAUGGUUACUCUACGAAUAUGAAUAUCAACUUUUUAAAAGGCAUUUUAUCCGCUCAAGUAUCAUCCCGUGCGUCUCUGGGCCAUGGCUGACAUCAUUACGCGGGUGCGAUUCGGGGUGUUCCGAUUUCAUGGUACAAUUAUGAAUGUUUUACUUCAGUGAAUUUCAUUUACAUCGAGCACGGUCUAUGAAUUGCCUGAAUGACUAUUACUGUUCGAAGGACUAUGUUUGAAUGACACAUUUUUUCAGCAUUUGUUGAAGCAAUUAAUCAUUUCCCCCAGAAGAAUAACUAUCCAAUCAUCAGCGGUGUGUGUGAGUUAAAAUAUAUUUAGUAAUUUAAUUGAAUGAUUGGAUAAGAUUAUUCUGAAUAUCCAAUAACCAUUUCGUGGAUCUUAACCCAUCUGAGUGUUGAAAAGAGUCAUGAAAAGAGAGUGCGUGACUGGAGGAGUAAAAUUAUCGGUUUUACACUGGACAAUUAUUCAGUGUAUUUGGUAAAGCAGCACAAGCUUUUCCCUUUCUCUGAUUUUAAUUCAAUCAUCUCGUGCGUAAAGUUCUAAGGGGGAUGCCUCUUGAGCCCAUCAGCCAUGUCUCUGUUUCUGCGUUAGAGCCCUCCUCUUUGCUGCCCUCUCACUGGACAACGAGUCUUCCUCAAGGGAUUAAGGUGUCGCCAUGGCUGCGGCCCCAAAAGUUACAUGCCUGUCAGCGCCAGGGGUAAAUGUGAUUACCAACCUGAACCUCAGUGUCACCACCGGAUCUGCCCCCUAUUACAACCAGACAGCACUGCGAAUCCCACCCUAUUCCCCAGAGGCCACUGCGUUAUUCGCAAUCGCGAUCACCCUCAUGAUGAUCCUCACCAUCGUCGGCAACAUCUUGGUCAUCAUUGCAGUGCUGACCUCACGCUCACUCCAUGGCCCACAGAACCUUUUCCUUGUCUCCCUGGCUGCAGCCGACAUCCUAGUCGCUACCCUCAUCAUCCCCUUUUCACUGGCCAAUGAGCUGCAGGGUUACUGGGCGUUCCGCUCACUGUGGUGUGAGAUCUACCUGGCGUUGGACGUCUUCUUCUGCACGUCCUCCAUUGCCCACCUGUGUGCCAUCUCAUUGGACCGCUACCUGUCCAUCUCCCGGCCCGUGUCCUAUGGCAUCCAACGGACGCCAGCGGGCAUCAAGGCGGCCAUCGUGGUCGUCUGGCUUCUCUCGGCCGUCAUCUCCUUCCCUCCUCUCCUCUCCCUGGAUAAGAGCAAGGGAGGGGUGGAGGUGUGUGAGCUGAACAACGAGCGUUGGUAUAUUCUCUACUCCACCAUUGGAUCGUUCUUCGCCCCGUGUCUCAUCAUGAUCGGGGUCUACAUCAGGAUCUACCAGAUCGCCAAGCAACACACAAGAUGUCUGCCAGGGGAGAAACCCAACCCUAACAAAACCCCUGGCAACAUGUCUAGCAACCCUCCUAGCAACCCCACACAUCCCUCACCGGGACCUGUCAUCAUCCCCCAACUCAAGCCUCUCAGCCAACCACAGAACCACAAAGGGGAGGGAGGGAAAGCAGACAGACAAUCUACGGACGCCGUACCUCUGAAGAGUCUCCCUGUCUCCUCCCCCUCGUCUCCUCCUCCCCAGAGUGAGACCCAGGCCAAGAGUCAACCCCAGACGUCUUUACCAAAUCCUGUCCCCACCUCACCCCAGCCUACCUCACCCACCGUAGCUCUCUCCCUCACACUCCUCUCUCCAGAUAGCCAGCAUGAGGAGACCCACAGACAGGGUGAGAUACAGGAGGAGAAACAUAGAGACACCCCCAAUGAUGACAGCUUCAGCUCUGGCUCCAAGGCAGAGACGAGGGGAAGAAGAAAGGGAGGGAGAGGGGGAGGGAAAGGGACAGUUAAGAAUAAUGGAGGAUCAAAGUCUGGAGGAGCACCUCUCUCUUCUCUGACCUCUCACGAGGCCAAAAAUACUGUAGCCACCCCCACCGGUACAGUGCUGGUCUCUGAUAGGCCGGUGAAGCCACAGGCCACUCCCAUGUCUCGGCGCAGGGCCAUGGUAAACCGAGAGAAGCGCUUCACGUUUGUCCUGGCCGUGGUGAUCGGAGUGUUUGUCAUCUGUUGGUUCCCUUUCUUCUUCUCCUACUCACUGAAGGCCAUCUUUCCUGAGACCUGCUUGGUCCCUGCUCCCCUCUUCACGUUCUUCUUCUGGAUCGGCUACUGCAACUCCUGUCUGAAUCCGGUCAUAUACACCAUCUUCAACCAGGACUUCAGGAAGGCCUUCAAGAAGAUCCUCUGUAGGGACACCAAGGGGACGUUCUUCUAGUGUUGGCACUAUGUAAGGACGUCAAGUGGAUGUUUAUGUAGAGUGGAUACUGUGUAAGGACAUCAAUUGGAGGUUCUUGUAGAGUGGAUACUGUGUAAGGACAUCAAUUGGAUGUUCUUGUAGAGUGGAUACAGAUGGUACAUGAUUCUCUACAUUGCUUGUUUUGCCACUGAAACUGAAAUUAGGCAAACUAUUCGAAUCUUAGCAACCAGGAAAUGGUCGAGCAAUUUCUGCAUAUUGCACCUUUAAGACAUUGUCAGCUAUACUCUGGUCAUUAUUUGAACUGGCUAGCCAGCUAGCAAUGAAUCAAAACAUUGUUUAGAAAAUAGCUUUUAGUUACCUUUCUUGCCAGCUUGACAUUUACUGAAUUCAUUUUUAAACUGAGGGGUUUAUUGGUGAUAAAAUAGAGAAGGUAUGCUAUAUGGUGCAUCGGGCUGCUGAUUUUCUUUUUCAUAACAACAACCGACAAGUUUGAUGUUGGACGACAAUAGAAUGCUCAUGCUGUCGCUACAACAAUUUUCUACAGACAUGUCAAUAGACUGACCGUAAACCACCUUUAGAAGAACGUCCCUUUGGUGUCUCUACGCAGUAUCUACUCUAGAAGAACGUCCCCUUGGUGUCCCUACAUUUGAAAAUUACAUCAUGGCAUUUAAUUGAAGUAUACUCGAUUUUCGAAAUGUUGCAAUCUAUUAAACUUUCUUUUAUUUCUAGAGUAGAUACUGUGUAGAGACACCAAGGGGACAUUCUUCUAGAGUAGAUACUGCGUAGAGACACCAAAGGGACGUUCUUCUAGAGUAGCCUAACCCUAACCCUCAAAUAUAGAAAAACAGAAAACACUGGACAACUCUAACAGUUAAUUUGGCAUCGGGUCAAAAGCCUCAUCUACAUUUUGAAUUAGGGUUAGGGUUAGGGUUAGAGACACCAAAGGGACGUUCUUCUAGAGUAGAUACUGUGUAGAGACACCAAAGGGACGAUCUUCUAGAGUAGAUACUGUGUAGAGACACCAAGGGGACGAUCUUCUAGAGUAGAUACUAUGUAGAGACGCCAAGGGGACUUACUGGAUGUAAUGUAAAGACAGAUUUUAGUUUACCCGUGCAGGGGACCACAGACAAACUUUUGAGUCUGUCCUUUGUUGAACAUUGUGUUCGAUCUGAUAAGAAAAAUGCUGAACUUUGUAAUUCUGGAAUAGAUGAACGUGCUCUGAUGUACACAUUGAGGGGCAGUGGAAGAGGAGGAAGGUGAUGCAAUCUGUCUGAGAAAAAGCAAAGACCUUUACAGCUUGUUUAGCGAUUGGCACAAAACAGGGCCAUCAGUCAUGAGGACAUGUUGCUCAAAUGACAGUAUCACACUGCUCUUGUUGUUCCUCUGUAAUUGGCUCUGGUUAAGAGCAUCUGCUAAAUGACUCAAAUGUAGAAGGAAAGGAAGGUUACACUCUGUUGAUUGCAUUGGCUGGCUGGGUAACUGCUACCCAUAGCCAUUACCUGUAGCCUUGUGACUGGCCACUAUGAACUACAAGGACAGAGUGUGUCCAGGAUCACCUGGUACGGUCCACUGCAAUGACACAAAGUGGGCAGGAGCAUGUGCAGUAGAAUGUGUUCCCAGAGUUCUCUGUGUUCUAGAACUUGUAGUGUGUGAAGGCAGUUUGUCCAGCUGUCCAGCCUCUGUCAAACUCAUACACAACGGAGGAUGUCUUUUAAAGGAACCAACCAGCUCUGAGGGUGUGUUGUUUUGAGUAUCUGAAAUUAACAUUUAUGUUUUUCUAUAAGUAUGAAAUGAAUAUAAACACAUGAACAGUUAAAUAUGGAAUGGGUUGUUGAUGUGACCACGGCCUCAGUCAUGUAAUUCAUUGGGGGAUAUAGUGGAAACACUGGUGUGUGUGUGUAGUGUAGUGGCCUAAGGGUUUUACUGGAACAGCGGAAAUCACUCAUGUUUUUAUAUAUAUAUAUAUAUGAGAUAAAGAACUCACAAGA